AUGGCUUCAAAAAGCAAGAUUCUGAUCAUUGGAGGGACAGGCUACAUUGGCAAGUUCAUCGUCGAGGCGAGCGCAAAGUCCGGCCACCAGACCUUCGCACUGUUGAGGGACACAGCAGCUUCUCCUGGUUCUGAGAAAGCUAAAUUCCUUGAGAGCUUCAAGAAUUCUGGAGUCACUUUCCUCCUGGGAGAUCUUAGUGAUCAUGCGAGUUUAGUGAGGGCAAUUAAGCAGGUGGAUGUGGUGAUAGCUACUGUAGGGAAGCAAUUGGUUCAAGAACAAGUGAAGAUCAUAGCUGCCAUUAAAGAAGCUGGGAAUGUGAAGAGAUUCUUCCCUUCAGAGUUUGGAAAUGACAUUGAUCGUGUCCAUGCCGUAGAGCCAGCACUGUCUACAUACAAGAUUAAGGCUUCAAUCCGCCGAGCUGUUGAGGCUGAAGGAAUUCCACACACCAUUGUUGUCUGCAACCAUUUUUCCGACUAUUUUCUCCAUAAUUUUGGACAGGUUGGAGCUACAGCUCCUCCUAGAGAAAAAGUAGUGAUAAUGGGGGAUGGAAAUCCCAAAGUAAUAUUUAACAAGGAGGAAGAUAUUGGCACUUACACAAUUAAAGCUGUGGAUGACCCAAGAACCUUAAAUAAGAUCAUGUACAUCAAACCACAUGGAAACAUUCUCUCAUUCAAUGAGCUCGUUUCCCACUGGGAAAAGAAGAUUGGCAAAACCCUCGAAAAGGUCUAUGUUCCAGAGGAACAAGUUUUGAAGGACAUCCAAGCUGCUCCACAUCCUGUAAAUCUAUUUAUGUCAAUUAAUCACGCAGCCUUUGUGAAGGGUGACCAAACAAAUUUUGAGAUGAAGCCUUCUUUUGGAGUUGAAGCUUCUGAGCUUUACCCUGAUGUGAAAUACACCUCUGUAGAUGAGCAACUGAAUCUGUUGGUCUAA